UGUCCCAAGGCUUGGUUGUUGAGGCAAUUGCAAACCUCUUUUUACACCUAAGCUUCCAUCGUUAAAAUCGUUACUUGUGUAGUGCAAAAAACUGUUUCUGUACGCAUCCGAAUAGUAGCUAUAGUAUAUGUGUAGAUGUAGAUCUAUGUGUGUAGUGUAGCUCAGGUGAGAGUUAUUUUGUUGUACGCAACAUCACUAAUCAUGAUUUGGUCUCUUUUUAAUUCAACUCGAUCUAGAAACUGAAGAACAGGACGGCAUUCAGUUUGAUGUGAAGAAUGCAACGUUCGCCAGAUUCCUCACCGGGGUACGACCGUCGAAAAACUCCAUCGGGACGGACUCGCUGUCGAUGAUGAACAUGAGCCCAGGGUCCAGCGUCAUUUCGGAAUGGGGCCGCGAACGAGACGCGUCGUCCCUACUGGCUCGAAUGACCGUAACGCCCAGUGUGGCGUCCAAAAGUUAUGCGUACUCGACGCAAUCAUUCAUCCACCUGGCGACCACCAUCGGCAACUUGCCAUACCGUACGAACAACUACUUCGGAUUCCUCACGCCCCGACGCAUGCCGUGGAUUCACCACUUCCACAUCCCCGCGCUUCCGUCCCGGUAUCAUGGCCGCAGUCGGUCGACUUCGCUGAACGACGUUUUUUCGACCGAAAAAUAUCUCUCGAUGACGGACGACGUCCUGAAGCAGACCAUCCGCCGGAAGCUACACUUUGAGCAGACGCAGGGUACCGUGAUGGCGCCGUUACCGCCUCAGGCGGUGAACCCAUUCCGCAACCAACCGAGGUUCUUUUUCGAGAUGGAGGCUGAAUUGGGCCACGAUAACACAAAAUUAGAGCGCAUUUCGGAGGUUUGCGAUGCCCGUCUGCGGCAGGUGCGUUCCGUCCAGCAGGACUCUUUUCUGCUCCAACUGGAGGGCCUGCAGUACUCGAAGCCGUCCACACCCGAGAGCUUGACUGGUAACGGUUUGGAUUGUUCCGAACUGGUGAGCGAGGACGAUAUAGAUUUCUUUGUCCAUUCAAAUGAACCAUUGCAAAGCGAAACCUCGCUACUGAACCAUACGCGUGAGCUAUUUAGUGACGCAGCAACUGCUAGCUCGCUCAACCUCGACGAGAAGGAAUGGACGAUUUUGGAAAAGAUUGACAGCUUCUCGCUCAAGUACGGCACCUUGCCAGCGGUGUACACCAAAAUCGGUGAGCAAAUUAUCAAUCGUACAAACUACGAUGAAAUCAAUGUUCGCUCGGAGGAGACCACGAAUGCCGUCACUGGAUCGGCACGUGAGGAAGAACCGGAACCGGUGGAGGAAUUCGGCACAGAUCCAGCACCGUCGGCUGGACAGCGGUCAAGCUCGGUUUCUCCCAAGCGACUGAAUGGUGGCCGGAAGCGAGCCACGCCGGCCACGCUGAACAAGCGGACGAAAAAUCGACGCAACCGGAACUUUAUUCAGGAAAAUAUCGAACGCGUCAAGACAAAGCAGCAGUACUCGUCACCCACCCUGUGCCGGUCGUCAAAAAGUGGCAAGCCCGUCGAACGAAAAACGCCACUGACGGCCAAGCAGACGCACAGCGCUGUUCGGAAGCUGCGCCGGCAAUCUUUGAAGCGUCGCAGUUUGCAGUUCAACUCCGAUCACGACGAAGAGGACGAUCAUUAUCUUACGCCGAAAGUAUGUAACAAUCAGAGCGAGCAGCAGCAGUUGAAGGAAGAGUGCAAACAACAGACGCAAUGUAUCACCGAAUUAGGCGAUUCUCUGAGCCAGAUGCAGAACGAUGUGCAGGAAAUUGUUCAACUGCAGGGCGAGAUCGACGAGGUCCGGGCCAAUCAUUUGGAAAUGAUGACCAAGGCCACGCUGGAAGACUGUCUGCGAGUGAACAACAAUGACCCCGCUUCGUCCGAGUAUGCCGCCGACGAAGAAUAAUUUGUCCGGUUCGAAUUCGAAACGUUUUAACGUUUAUCCUCAGUUUUUUUUAUGCCAACGAACUACAAUGUUUAAGUAUUUAAUGUUAUCUCUUACAUUCUAAGACACUGAUUACUUGUUUUUUUUUUUCAUUAAUUUUCGUUUAAUAAACCAUAAUGAUGACCAUCGUAGGUGCGUCUCGUCGAACUCUAGUUUUCUUACUCUGUAUCUGAAUCAUCUGAAUUUGAUUUGCAGUGCGAAUUAUGAGUGAUUACAUUUUAGUGCAAUUAUAUUUUAAUCAUAUGAAGUUUUGAUAGUGCAGGCCAAGGGCGAAUGAUGCUGACGAUACCUCUUCAGUUGACGCUCAGGCGAGGAACAUCCUGGAAGGAGCGUCACUGACUACGUCCGUAGUCCUGUUAGAUCAUUCUUGUUCAAGACAGUAUAGCUCUGGUUCCUUGCAAG